AUGCCGCCCGAAGGUGACAUGGCUGCGCAGACGGGAGGAAGUAAUUCCAGCGACUUUGUUCGCAAACUCUACAAGAUGCUGGAAGACCCCCAAUACGCAUCGGUGGUUCGAUGGGGAAAUGAGGGAGACAGUUUCGUUGUCCUUGAGAACGAGAAGUUUACAAAAACGAUAUUGCCGAAGCACUUCAAGCACAGCAACUUUGCCAGCUUUGUUCGCCAAUUAAACAAAUAUGACUUCCAUAAAGUCAGACAAAACGAAGAGAACGGCCAGUCUCCAUAUGGUCCACAGGCCUGGGAGUUCAAGCACCCUGAAUUCCGCAUGGAUCAGAAGCACAACCUCGACAACAUCCGUCGAAAGGCGCCGGCACCAAGAAAGGCGCAGCCUACCGAGGAAGCUUUUCCAGCUAACCAGCAAGUCGCGCUCCUGAGCGAGACCCUGAAUGCGACUCAGCAUCAGGUCCAGCAGCUGCAGGAGAACUACUUCACUCUGGCCCAGUCCAACAAGGUACUGAUAGAUGAAAUAACAUCCCUCAAGAAAACCCUGAAUAUGACAACUCAGGUCAAUCAUGAGCUGCUCAACCACCUUACUAGUCUCGAUGAACGUAGGCGCAACAGCCGGCACUCGGCGCAUUCGAACCAUUCCGGCCAGGCAUCGGCCAACUUCCACAACGGCACCUUGGGCGUUCUUCCAGAUGGCAACGACGAGCCUUCCGCCGAGCUGCGCAGGGCGCGAGAGCUUAUGACUGGCAUCGAGCCAGACCCCGUCGCAGACCGCGCAUUCCAUCGAUUAUCCAUGGCCUGGCAGACACAAACGCCUCCGGACUCCGCGAGCUCUCAGGUUGCCAUGUACCCUCAGCCCAGCUCCGCUGCUACUGCCGCCGCAGCAAUGCCGGCCGCCAUGAUGCACAACCCCUUCGUCGAGGACCCGCGGCACCUGGUGUAUCCCGUGGGACAGACAGUCGGUAUCGAUCCCUUCCAUCCAGAUCAUAUUCAACACGUUCCCUAUUUUGUUAAUCAGAGCGGUCCCUCAGAGCCACCAGCACAAAUAACACCUCCGCCAGGCAAAGAAAUGGACACGUCGUUGUGGGGCCCCAAGAAACCACGAAUCUUCCUCGUCGAGGAUGAUAAAACCUGCUCCCGGAUAGGCUCCAAGUUCUUGUCCCAAGUUGAGUGCUCCGUCGAGGUAGCAAGAGACGGCGAGGAAGCAUCCAAUAAGAUCAAUAAUGAUCCCGAACGGUUCGACCUCAUCUUCAUGGACAUCAUCAUGCCCAAUUGCGAUGGAAUCUCGGCGACGGUUUAUAUCAGGGCUGUGAACUCCCAGGUCCCCAUCAUUGCGAUGACGUCCAAUAUCCGACAAGAGGACAUAUCGAGCUAUUACAGCUGGGGAAUGAAUGGAGUGCUUGCAAAACCUUUUACCAAGGACGGGAUGAUCAGGAUCCUGAAGCAGCAUCUUCGACACCUGCUGAAGAACCCUGCCGCCGCAGACGUGGAGCCCAAUGGAGUCGCCCCCGUGCCAGUGCCUUCGGGCUCGACGCCCUCAUAUUCAGAUGCCGGAGGAUACAUGACAGCCGGUGGCGGCGUCAGCGGGCCCCAGAUGGUCCUGACACCCGGGGGUAUGCAUCGGGGCGGGUUCCCUCCGCAGGUCGGCACGCCGCCCAUCCAACGAAUGCCCGAUAACAUGGGCGACGAGCGGCCGGAGAAAAGACAACGAAUGUAUGGGCCCGGGCCCGGUGGUUAUAUGCAACAAUAA